ACCAAAAACCUUUUCACUUUCUCUGUUUUCUCUCAAACCAAUACAUUAAAAUGGAGGGUCUUAUUCCUUUUGUUUACAAGGCUAUAAUGCAAUACAAGAGUGGCAAAGAAGUUGCUAUAGGAUCAUGGAUUUGUGAGUCACCUUCGUACUCAUACAUGCGACUCCCUGGUGACUCGGGUCGGUUUCAAAACCCUGCUUCAUUCUCUGCACCUUCACCCUCUUCCAACCCUGUUUCCUCUGCUACCCAGAUUGUUGUUUCUUCUGGUGUUCAAUCUACGCAUCAGUGUUUGACACAUCGUCGAAUUGCAGCAUGAACAUGAACAACACUCUACGGAACAAUUGGUACGUGCCUGAAGAAAGCUGAAGGUGCAAACCAACCAACACAGUUCUGGUAAUCA